UCAUUGUCGCUCCGCUUUGUCAUCCUCAAGCAAUAGCUGGUAAAAGUGUGUUGUCAUCCGCUCGAAAAUUAAAUAAUUAUUUCGGUCUAAUUGGAAUUCUUUGUCUAAUAUGGCAUUGUUGAGUGCAUACUCUGGAGCUGGUUUGCCUGAUUACGAGGCUCCUGGUGCCAGGAAGGUGCAUUUCAGCCCUUAUGCUGAUAAUGGAGGAAGUGUAGUUGCUAUCGCUGGCGAGGAUUUUGCCAUUAUCGCAGCUGAAACUCGGUUGAGCGCCGGUUACUCCAUUUACACUAGACAUCAGGAUAAGCUUUUCAAACUAUCUGAUAAAACUGUUUUGGGAUGUUCAGGGUGCUGGUGUGAUACCCUGACAUUGACGAGAAUUCUCGCUGCUCGUACGCAGAUGUACAAACAUGAACACAACAAGGACAUGUCGACCCCAGCAACAGCCCAGAUGCUCUCCACAAUGCUGUACUACAAGCGUUUCUUUCCCUAUUAUGUGAGCAAUAUUCUAGCCGGUUUAGAUGAGAACGGAAACGGUUGCAUCUACAGUUAUGAUCCCAUCGGUCACGUUGAGAGAAAUAUGUACAGAGCCGGUGGCUCCUCCGGAGCUCUUCUCCAACCGCUCCUCGACAAUCUCGUCGGCCUCAAAAAUCAGGAAAAACCUGACAGAGAACCUCUGACUAAGGAGAAGGCUCUCGCCAUCAUCAAGGAUGUGUUUAUUUCAGCUACUGAAAGGGAUAUUUACACUGGUGACAGUGUCAGCAUCAAGAUCAUCACUAAAGAUGGUAUUGCAAAUGAUAGCUUUGAGUUGAGAAAGGAUUAAGUCAUGUUCAUUCUGAAUUUUUACGAAUACUUAUUAAACUUAACCGAAUAAAUUUUCUUUUCCCAAUAAA